AUGGGCUAUUUGAGUCGCUGGAGGAGUAUAUGUGCGCUUGGAACAGGCGGCUUUGCUCUACUUUAUUGGAGACUACGAGUAGCAGGGUCUCCCACAGCCUUCGCUGCGGCGGACAAUCCUGCUUCCCGGGAUCCUUCUAUCCUCACCAGAUUUUAUACAUUCUCCUACUUGCCUGUAUUCAACUUCUUCCUACUUUUAUACCCUUUCCAUUUAAGCUUCGAUUGGUCUAUGGAAUCAAUACCCAGAAUCACAACCAUAUCUGACCCCAGAAACAUAUCCACAGUUAUUUUUUACGCCGUCAUAUCUAAAGUAACACUGCGAGCAAUCAAAAAUGAAUUGAGAAAACGCCACGAGAGAGCCGCAAAAGACGUAAAAUAUUACAAGAAACAAAACUGCAAAGCCAGACACAAAUGGACUUACAAUACAAAACAAUACAAUAGGGGGCCAGAUUGCGUUGAAAGAAAAAGUUAUUAUACACCACACAAAGAGAAUGUGUCGUCUAAGAAGAUCUUGUGCCCAUGCACAGGCUGUAGGCACUCCCUUACCGAGGAACACACAAGUGCUUGCCGAGCAAUGAACAAUAAUAAUACGAUGAUGCACAAUUCAAGCUGUGUCUGCCCGAUGGCGACCACUAAAUCUAAGGCACCUAACACACAAAGGAACGUUUACCGUAGCCCCCAGGUUGCUUUACUGAUGUUCCUGGCAUUUAUGGUGUUACCGUUUGUGCCUGCUACUAAUGUUCUAUUUUAUGUUGGUUUUGUGGUGGCGGAACGAGUGCUUUACAUACCGAGCGUUGGUUUCUGUUUAUUGCUCGGCUUGGGAGCUGGAUUCGUGACGCGAGGUUGCCAUCGAAACGAGACAAGAAGUCGAGUGUUCAUGUUCACUUUAUUGAUCGUCUUAUCUUCGAUGUGCAGUCACACUAUGCGCCGGAACCUCGACUGGCGUGAUGAAGAAAGUUUGUUUAGAAGUGCACUUCACAUCAACCCACCAAAAGGUAAAUUUUCUUAA